UUCAUAACACGUAAUAUAGUACAAUAUUACCAAUCAUUACAGUCUUAGAUAUUUCAUUUAAAAGCAAUUGUUUUACGUACUCUAUCGAUUUUUGAAUAUCUCAAUACAUAAUAGCAAUAAUGUAUCAUUCUCGUCGAAAGUAAAAAUGAAUUCUUAUUUCUCUAAAAUUGUUUCAUGAUAUAAAAUUAAACUUGUAAUAAUUACAAUUCUAACCCUUGUGGUUCUAACAAUAAGUUGGGAUAUUCUGUUUGUUUUGUCAGGAAUUCUAACUUUGGGUAAUAAAUAAAGGGAUAGAAAUGGCAGAAACUUCGCUAUCAGAACAAUUGUCCUUGAAAUGGAACAACUUUUCUAGUAACUUGACGUUUGGCUUUUUAAAUCAUCUCGCAGAAAAUGAUUUAGUAGAUGUCACACUUGCCGUAGAGGGUCAGCUACUACAGGCUCAUAAGCUAGUACUUUCGGUCUGCAGCCCAUAUUUUAAAAAUAUAUUUAAGGAAAAUCCUUGUCAACACCCAGUAAUUAUCCUUAAAGACAUGAAGUAUACCGAAAUUGAAUCGUUAUUGAAAUUCAUGUAUCAAGGUGAAAUUAACAUUAAACAAGACGAUUUAUCUACUUUCUUGAAAGUAGCUCAAACAUUGCAAAUCAGAGGACUAGCAAUAGAAGACACAAUUAGCACAAAACCUUUACCUAAUUGCGACAAUCAAUUAAGUAUCGAUUCUAAUGUUGAAACUGUGAAUCAAUCGCAUUCAGGAACAAUAGAUACCAUCUACAAAGACGUAGAAAUGAUAGAUAGAAGAAAAAGAUCUCGCGAUAUAACAAAACAGAAUGUAAAAAAAAGAAGACGUAAUAGAUCAGCUAUAUCGGAAAAUAUUCAUGAUUUAUCAAAUAAAGAUGUAGAUGAUAAUAACGAAGAUGUUUCAAUUUUAAUGAAUAAAGAUACAGAUGAUUCUACGCAUGAAAAUGAAGAUGAUAAUAUUCCUAUUGUAAAAAGUAAUAAAAAUGAUCAGAAAGAGGAUCCAAGCGAGUUAAGCGAUGCACAGACAUCCAAAGAAACCUCUACCCAACAAGCUGUUGAACCAGUAAUUUAUAGACUAUCCGCGAGAGGUCGACCACAGUUAGUGCACGAGGGCUACGUUUAUAAUUUGACGUCUCGUUCAGAAGUUUUGAACAGAUCUCAUUACCGAUGUGCAGAACAACAUCGCGGUUGUAAAGGGAAAUGCGCAGUUAUGGCGGAAAGAUUUAUGCCUACAGGUGUACAUGAUCAUAAUCAUCCACCUGGAUAUCAAUCCGAACACGAUUACAGGAGAAAAAAAGGUUUAGAUGUAGAUACUCUUUAAAUUUUGUAAACUACUUAAGCUUACAAACGGUAGUCCGCUAUGUUAUGUAGUUUCAUUGUAAGAGUCCAAAUAGGAUUAGAAAAUACUUUUCAAAUAAUUAUCAUGGUAUACAGCAAUAGUAUUUAAUAAAUAAUAUUUAGUAUUUAUUAAAUGAAAAUCUUAAUUUGCUACAAUUUUGUUAAUGGAAGUAGACAUCAAUAGAAAUACGAUUCUAAUUUAACUAAUAUUUAUACGAUGAGCCAAUUUUAAUAUGUUGGUUAUCGUAUUUUAAUUUAAUUGUGAUGCACUUUUUUAAGAUUUUUAAAGCAGAUUAAGAAAUGGUGAUGAGCACAUUCCAUUUAGUAUUAUAUUUAAAGUGAAACAAAGCCAAAUAAGAGUAUUUAAUUUAUAUUGAGUGUUUACACGUAGAAUAACAUUGCUCGCAUUACGAAUUUAUUUCGUUCUUAUAAAUACACAUGGUCAAAUAUGUGAAAAUUUGUAUGUAUGU